UCACGUGACUCGGGUAAACCCGUGUGCGAAAUACAGCUGUCAGAUCCAGGGUCACUUGUUUGUUUUUACACGUUCGGUGCAGUGCGUUGAGUAUAUGCCCGAACUCUUGUUGUGCAUUACGUUACUCUUAAAGUAAUGGCCCUGAACGCCAGGCAGUGGAGUCGUCUCUUCUUGGCCAGAGACGCCAAGCCCAAGGCCCUGUUGGCGAGGAUUGUCAAACAAGUUCCGCGCCGUUGCUCCACGAAGAUGCGGCGAUGGUAUUCCGGGGCUACGCAAGAAGAAAAUAAAAUUGAACUCUUGACGUUAGAUCGAAGUACAACUACAGCUGCUAAUGUCGCAGCUUUAAAAUCUGCACCCACAGAGGAGCUGGCUCCCCCCGCUGGCCGGAGGAGGGUAUUGCAGGAGGACCCCUUGCCCUUCUCCGCCUUCCUCACCGACGGCUUCGGCCGCAGACACAGCUACCUGCGCAUGUCCCUGACGGAGAAGUGCAACCUCAGGUGUCAGUACUGCAUGCCGGAGGAGGGGGUGAAGCUGACCCCCCGGGCCCAGCUGCUGACCACCGCCGAGGUGCUCACCCUGGCCCGGCUGUUCGUGCACGAGGGGGUGGAGAAGAUUCGGCUGACCGGGGGCGAGCCCCUCAUCCGGCCGGACGUCCUGGAGAUCAUCGCUGAGCUGAGGAAGCUGAAAGGGCUGAAGACCAUCGCCGUGACGACCAACGGGAUGAACCUGAGCCGGCUGCUUCCUGGUCUGAAGACGGCCGGCUUGGACCUGCUCAACAUCAGCCUGGACUCGCUGGUGCCCGCCAAGUUUGAGUUCAUCGUACGGAGGAAAGGGUUCCACAAGGUGAUGGAGGGGAUCGACAAGGCCAUCGAGAUGGGGUACAACCCAGUCAAAGUGAACUGCGUGGUGAUGCGGGGGCUCAACGAGGACGAGGUGCUGGACUUCGUGGCCCUGACCAAGAGGAAACCGUUGGACGUCCGGUUCAUUGAGUACAUGCCCUUCGAUGGUAACAAGUGGAACUUCAAGAAGAUGGUGAGCUACCAGGAGAUGCUGGACCACAUCAGGCAGCAGUGGCCUGACCUGGAACAGAUACAGGGCGGAGAGACGGACACAGCCAAGGCCUUCAAGGUUCCAGGCCACCAGGGGCAGGUCGGAUUCAUCACCUCCAUGUCUGAUCACUUCUGUGGCUCCUGCAAUCGACUGCGCAUCACUGCCGACGGCAACCUCAAGGUGUGUCUGUUUGGGAAUUUUAAGGUGUGUAAAAGCUUGUUUACCUGUCCUCAGGUGUGUCUGUUUGGGAAUUUUAAGGUGUGUAAUAGCAUGCUUACCUGUCCUCAGGUAUGUCUGUUCAGGAAUUUUAAGGUGUGUAAAAGCUUGCUUACCUGUCCUCAGGUGUGUCUGUUGAGGAAUUUUAAGGUGUGUAAAAGCUUGCUUACCUGUCCUCAGGUGUGUCUGUUCAGGAAUUUUAAGGUGUGA